AUGAUCGGCACGGCGCAGGUCCUCGCGGAUGGGCGGAGCGAGAGCCUUAGCGGGCGGCGGCGGUACGUGGUGACGAAUAUACGGCGGGACAAGCUGAGCAAGGGCAGCGAGGGCGUGCCAGCGUGGAACGAGGGGUGGAAUCGCGACGAGCAGCAGGGCUCCAAGCAAGUACCGCCCAUCAGUCCGCGCGUGGCUCUGCGCUCCCUCAUCACCACCGUCAAACAUGCCGCCGUCGCCACCGCCGCCAUCACCACAAUUACCGCCAGCGCCAGCGCCAGCGUCAGUGCGAGCGGCAGCGGCGCUCUCAGCGCCAGCUCUAGUGGCGCGGGCUCCUCCGCCAGUGGUGCGACUGCGGGCUCCGCCGCCGCCGCUGCUGCUGUUGCCGCUGGCGGCGCAGCGGGGGCGGGGGGGCAUCAGCAGCGCGGGUACAAGUACUCCGCGUCGUUUUCGCGCUACUCUGAGGAGCGCAAGGCGCCACCGCCGUGCUCGCUCUCCGCCUCCUCCUCCGCCUCCUCUGCAUGCGUGCCAGCUGCCACCAUCGCCGCGGAGGCGCGGGCAGCGGAGGUGGCGGGGAGGGCCGGGGCGGCGGAGCGCGGGCGGGAGGGGCAGCGCGGAGGCGGAGGAGGAGGAAGAGCAGCGGCGGGUAGCGCGUUUUCGAUGGAGGAGAUGGAGCGAGAGUUCGAAGAAAUUGAUGAGUUCGAGGCACAGCUGAGUACCAUCAGCUCAGCGGCUCGUCCACGUGUCACUGACACUCCUUCUCUCCCCUCCUCUGCUGCACCAACCAUCAACCCCACCCACACCCUGCCUAGCACUAUCACCGCUUCACCCAACCAUACCACCACCGUGCUUGAUCUGCAACACAUAUCCCCGCCUUCCUCUCAGCCUCCUGUUUCUCCCGCCGUACCCUCUCACCGUCCCUCCAUCCCUCCUCUCCUCUCCCAUCAGCCCUCGCCCCCUUCUUUCCCUCUGUCCGUGCCCCCACCUCUUCCUGCCACUGCCCCCGCGCUGGUCCCUUCUGCUCCAUUCGCCGGCACUACUUGUGCUCCCCCCUCUUCCACUGCACCCCCUGCUGCGCGCCCCUCCCCCGAGCCCCCUGCCGCGCGCCCCUCCCCCGAACCCCCUGCUGCACGCCCCUCUCCCGAAACCUCUGCUGCGCACUCUUCCCCCGAGCCCCCUGCUGCCCGCCCCUCCCCCGAACCCUCUGCUGCGCAGCCUCCCCUUGAGCCCUGUGCUGCGUACGCCCCCUUGGAACGCAUGGGGGCAGGCAGAAGGUGGGGACAGGAGAUGGGCGUGGGAGGGGGCAGGGGCGACGGGGCGAGGGGUUUAGGUGUGGGCGGGAGAGAGCGAGAGGGUGAAGGGACGAGGGGUAGAGAGGAGGAGAAGGUCUGUGUUGCAGGGCGAGGAGAUGUUGUAAGGGGGGCGGGGGAUGGGCUAGCGAUGCUACUGUCACAGUUGCCAACACCACACACACCUGCUCCCCCUUCUCCUCCUCCUCCUCCUCCUCCUCCUCCCUCUGCUGCUGCUACUGCUGCUCUUGCUUCUGCUCCUCCUGCUGCCCCUGCUCCUCCAACUGUUGUUCCUCCUGCUGCCCCUGCUCCUCCAACUGUUGUUCCUCCUGUUGCCCCUGCUCCUCCAACUGUUGUUCCUCCUGCUGCCCCUGCUCCUCCAACUGUUGUUCCUCCUGUUGCCCCUGCUCCUCCAACUGUUGUUCCUCCUGCUGCCCCUGCUCCUCCAACUGUUGUUCCUCCUGUUGCCCCUGCUCCUCCAACUGUUGUUCCUCCUGCUGCCCCUGCUCCUCCAACUGUUGUUCCUCCUGUUGCCCCUGCUCCUCCAACUGUUGUUCCUCCUGCUGCCCCUGCUCCUCCAACUGUUGUUCCUCCUGUUGCCCCUGCUCCUCCAACUGUUGUUCCUCCUGCUGCCCCUGCUCCUCCAACUGUUGUUCCUCCUGUUGCCCCUGCUCCUCCAACUGUUGUUCCUCCUGUUGCCCCUGCUCCUCCAACUGUUGUUCCUCCUGUUGCCCCUGCUCCUCCAACUGUUGUUCCUCCUGUUGCCCCUGCUCCUCCAACUGUUGUUCCUCCUGUUGCCCCUGCUCCUCCAACUGUUGUUCCUCCUGCUGCCUCCCCACAUGCCUGCUCGUCACCUGCCACUACAAGUGCGCCCACUGAGGCUGCUGGUGCUGCUGCAGGCGCGGAUGCGCCGCAGCCUGUGGGUGGUGCGAGCAGGGAAGGUCAUGGAGACUCAGGGACAGGGCAACGGGCGGAAGGGAAAGGCGAUACUGCUAGAAUAGCGGCGGGGGCAGUAGAGGAAGCAGCAGCAGGAGCAGCAGCAGCAGCAGGAGGAGCAGGAGCAGGGAAAGCAGAGGAAGGAGCAAGGGUAGAAGCAGCAGUGGAAGCAGGCAGCAGCUUUCAACAAAGCACAAUUGAGUCGACCGUUCCAACAGGCGCCCUCUUUUCCCAGGCUCGCCCAUCACUUGUCAUUGAUCAAAUCACCCAUCAUACCACGCACUCUCUUUCCCCAUCCGCUCCUCUCAACCCCGCAGCACCACCUCCUGCCCCUCUCACAUCCCCACAAGCUCAACCCACACGGCAAGCCACCGCCUCUCCUCCCGCAACCCCUCCCUCCUCGCGAACCAGUAGCAUCCUGCGACGCUUCACCCUUCCUCUGCUGCACACGCCCCACGCUCGCCACAGCACGUCGUCACCCUCGCCCGCACAUGCACACCCGCACAUAGCCUUGUCUUCCCCAUCGUCCACCCCUACGCUGCCUUCCGCCCUGUCCUCUGCUGCGCCGCCUCUUUCACCGUCUGCCCCACCGUCUGCCUCAUCGUCGUCCUUUGCGUUGUCAUCAGCUCGCCGCUUCUUCCCCAUCAGCCGAUCCACCUCUGCUGCCUCCCACUCCUCCGUUCACUCCCACUCCCAUUCCCUCUCCAACUCCCGUUCCCCCGCCCGCCCCUCCUGCACGCCUUUCGCUGCACUUCGCGUUGAUACCUCCCCUGUUGCUGCCACUGCCGCUGCAGCCGCAGCUGCAGCUGCAGUUGGUGCUGUUCCCUCACCUCCCAUGUCCCCGAAUUCUGAGGGGAACGCUCAAGCACGGACCACUGCAACUUCUGCUGCUGCUUCCUCUGCUUCAACCGCUCCUUCUGCUUCUGCUGCUGCUGAGGCCGUCACUCCGUCUGCACCUGCAGCUACAGCUGCCUCCCCUACCACGCCUACCAGCAACUUCCGUCUCGUCCCCUCCGUCUCUGCACGCUACCGUUUCCCCUCCAGCCGAUCCACAUCCAGUGUGCCAUCCCCCUCCGCUGCUGCUGCCGCCCUUGCCUCCCCCUCGUCCGCCCCCGCCUCUUCUGCUGCCGCGGCUCAGCUUGACAGCAGCGGGGGUGGUGGCGCUUCAGGCACAGACGCAACUGGCGAGAGAACGAGAGAGAGAGCAGGAGAGAGGUUGGAUAUGAGCAGCAUGGACCCUGCCCGCCUGCUGCAGCGGCUGGCAGCAAGGGCGAGGCUGAGCGAGGAGGAAGAGCGGAUGGUGGAGCAACUAGCAGAAACCCUUCCGGGGAUCCGGGAGAUGGUGAAUCGUCGACAACAGCUGUUGGGAAGAGAGGCACAGGAGCGGAACAAGGCUGUGGAAAGCCAGGAGGAAGAGGUGGUUGCGGGGGAGGGUGAUCGGGUUGGCCGGGUUGUGAGUGCAAUUGAGGAAGGAGAUGAGUGGGAUGAAGCGGCUGAGGCGCCGGGGAAAUCGGCAGAGAAGCAGCCGCAGCAGCAGCAGCAGCAGCAGAGGCAGCAGCAGAGGUCCUACGCCGGUAUGCCCUUCCCCUCCCCAGGGCCCUCUCCCUCGCCCCCACCAAUCAGUCGAACGUCUGCAGCGGCGCUGCAGUGGCCUAGGAGUGUGUCUGCGGCUGCUGCAAGCAGCACACGGAGCAAGGAGGGGGCGGAUGAGGAGAAAGGGAAGGACGGCGAGGGGGUGAGUGGCUGGCACAGGGGCAGGCGUCUGACUAGCGCUGUGCUAGCAUCACUGCGGCUCCUGCUGCGUCCUGGUGUAGCUGAUGAAACGGCAUGA